AUGAGGCUAAACAGAAGCGGUCACGUUUCUCUAUGGCUGGUCCAAGUGACACUCUGGCUUGUUGGAACAUGUACAGAUCCGUUACAUCUAUCCCCGUUUCUGGAGAGAGGCGACAUCAAAUCUGCCUUGGAGCAAAGUGAAGUCAGGGAUCCCCAAAAAAUCAUCCCACAGAGCUACGCCGGGUUUAUAACCGUGGACAAACAACUGGGCAAUCAUUUGUUUUUCUGGUUCUUCCCUGCCAUUUCAGAACCUCUUGCGCCGGUUCUUGUGUGGCUGAAUGGUGGCCCUACAGUCUCCUCCAUGCUGGGCCUACUGUGGGAAAACGGACCUAUCAGAGUUACUAAAGAAGAUGGAGCGAAUGGUAAUAAAACCUCUUACAAAAGAUGGGAGAAAUCUUGGGCGGAAUCGUUUGCUAUGCUAUAUAUAGAUAACCCAGUUGGUACUGGCUACAGUUAUUCAGACAGUGGUCAACGUGGUUGGAAAACUACCAACGAUGGCUACACCCAGGACAUGUUUUCCUUUAUAAUCCAGUUCUACAUAUUAUUUCCUGACUAUUUAAACACCCAGUUAUACAUCGGGGGACAGUCUUACGCUGGGAGAUUUGUCCCAGCCUUGGCCUACCGGAUACACAAGGAAAUCAAGGCAAACAGAUCCUCGAUACCCCUAGCUGGGAUCUACUUAGGGGGUCCUUUCUUUGAUCCCUACACCCAGGGUCUAGCUCAAGGUCUCUUCUAUUAUUCCCUUGGAGCAAUAUCGUAUGCACAAAAUCGCAAUCACGAGAAAUCUAUCAGAGAAUUUUUUGAUAGAAACGAUACAGGCGGACACAGUACUGCAAGCUUUGUGCAUAAACUUUUAUCCGCAUGGAAUUUUGUUGAAGAUAACUAUCAUACAGGAGUUCCACCUGAUUACGAUCUGGUUGACAAUCUGAUGAACCUGAAUCGCAUUCGACAAAUGGUUCACGUAGGCAACAAGCUUAAGUUCACAGCUACAUACCCGGAACUGUAUGACAUGUUUACUUCUGAUGUGCUGGUCAGUACAAUGCCACAGCUGGCCGAGAUCAUGGACAACUACAAGGUUCUCAUUUAUUCCGGGGACUUUGAUGGGAUUACUACUGCUGUAAAUACUGAAGAAGCCAUUCUGUCGACACCUUGUUGGAACAAUGGUUCUACAAUUGUAGGUUAUUAUACACAUAUAGGCGGGUUCUGUCGAGUGAUUGUCCGCAAUGCUGGUCACCAGACACCUCACGAUCAACCGGAAAUCACACAGAAGAUGAUAAUGGACUUCGUUCGUCACGGUUGUAUUCGUCAAAGUGCCAGUAAGUUCUAG